CGCGGGGCGCGCAGGGCAGCCAGCACCAGUGUCUGUGGCUCUGCCUUGCCCACCUCCUCGCCCUCCCAGCGGAGCUCGCAGCUGGCCAAUGGCAGCCCUCCCGGGGCAGCUGGCUUUCUCCCCUCCCCGCAGCCACUCUCCCGCCCCAGCCCUUCCCUCCCCGCCUUCGCCUGCUCGACUAAGCUCCGAUGCUCGGGCUUAGCGGAACGCAGAUCGCAGAGCCAGCUCCGGGGACCUUGCUCUCUUAGGGCCCUGCCUGCCCAGGGCUGCUUCGGCCUCACUCCUCGCCUUUCCGAGAGGGGGCUGUUGGCCCUGAGGACGAGACCGCGGUGUCCCUCGAACUUCCCCUGAAAGGGAACCGGUGGGGGAGUAGACUGAGCAGAGCCAGCUAUGGACCCUGUGAGUCAGCUGGCCUCAGCAGGCACCUUCCGGGCGCUGAAGGAGCCCCUUGCCUUCCUGCGAGCCCUGGAACUGCUUUUUGCAAUUUUUGCAUUUGCAACAUGUGGUGGUUAUUCUGGAGGUCUGCGGCUGAGUGUGGACUGCGUCAACAAGACAGACAGUAACCUCAGCAUUGACAUAGCAUUUGCCUACCCCUUCAGGUUGCAUCAGGUGACAUUUGAGGUGCCUACCUGCGAGGGAAAGGAGCGGGAGAAGCUGGCACUGAUUGGCGACUCUUCAUCUUCAGCAGAGUUCUUCGUCACCGUCGCUGUGUUUGCCUUCCUGUACUCCUUGGCUGCCACUGUCGUUUACAUUUUCUUCCAGAACAAGUAUCGUGAGAACAACCGGGGUCCACUCAUUGACUUCAUCGUCACUGUAGUCUUUUCAUUCUUGUGGUUGGUGGGUUCAUCAGCUUGGGCGAAAGGACUCUCUGAUGUCAAGGUCGCAACUGAUCCCAAAGAAGUAUUGUCUCUGAUAUCAGCUUGCAAACAGUCAUCCAACAAAUGCAUGGCUGUCCACAGCCCCGUAAUGUCCAGCUUAAACACUUCUGUGGUGUUUGGAUUCUUGAACUUUAUUCUCUGGGCUGGAAACAUCUGGUUUGUUUUCAAGGAGACUGGUUGGCAUUCCUCAGGACAGAGGUAUCUUUCAGACCCAAUGGAAAAACAUUCAAGCAGCUAUAACCAAGGCAGGUACAACCAAGACAGCUAUGGGUCUAGUGGGGGGUACAGCCAGCAGGCAAGUUUGGGGCCAUCUUCUGAUGAAUUUGGCCAACAGUCCAGUGGCCCUGCCUCCUUUACCAAUCCAAUUUAACAGGGUAAUAUUUGCAGUCUGCUAGAGAUAGCCUCACCACCUUCCAGUGGCAGAAGCAUUUUUUAAGCGUUUCAGUCACUUAUUAAUGCAGAGAGUGUUGAAUAUAAACUAGAGAUAUGUAAUCCACAUUAAAGCAGAAAAGCCUGUGUCAUGGUAAAUGGUACUUAGAGAUGAGAUGACAUGAGAAGAUAUAUUAUUCAUCAUAGGUGGCUAAUUGGAUAUCAUACCUUGUUAUAAACACAGAUACUUUCAUGGUGUUUCAUAUGUGUGUUGAAAUAGUUGAAACAUUUUGUAGCUUAAAGUCUCUAGUGUGUAAUAUGCAUAAAGUAAGUUAAAUAGCACUGAGUGUUCCUAUGCAUUUUGAUGCAAAAGGCAUUUUAAUAUUUCUAUAAGACUAUUUGGUGCAUUACGGUGUGCAUGUAUUUCUUUUUUAGUUGUAGGCCCUAUAGGAUUAUGAGUCUAUAAUUAUUUGUUUCAGACAGUUACCCUGUAUUUUUUUUUAUUUGAUGAAACAAUGCUUAUAUAAUUUAGUGCAUGAAUAGACAUUUUCCGCAUUUCAAUGGUAUUUAUGAAAAUUUUCUGGUAUGCACCAGGAAUUUGUUAAAUGUACAUUUAAAAAUAUAUUCAUACUUUGUAACUUGCAAAUUUGUCUCUCUGGCUUCACCAGUUCUGAAUGAAUUAUAAUUAAGGUUUGGGGUUCUUUUUUCCCUAUUAGUAGAUAUCCAGUAUUAAUAUAUGGUAAUUUCUCAGUAUUUAUUCCAUUUACUUAGCUAAAUAUUUAAAUUCUUAUAAUUUUUUAUAGUAUUUUGUGGAUCUUAUCCUAUGCACCAAGAACAAUAGGCCCAAUAACUGUUUGUGUUUAUGGAGUACUGUUUUCUUAGAAUAAUAGACAUGAAGAUAUCAGACACCAUAUUCAAGAAGCUAUUGUAUUGACAUAUUAAUUUAUAAAGAAUAAUCUGUAGAACCUAGACUAUAAGCUAAAAUUUUAAAUCCUAUUUAUUUAUAAAAUCAAUAUGCUCCUCAAUUCGGUUAUUAAAAAUUCUCGUCACCUCGACUUACUAAUUACCAAUUCUAAUUUGAAUGUUACCCAUAAAUUAAAAAUUACUUCCAUGAGUCACUCCAUAUCCCAAAAAAGGGUUCUCAUGAAAUACCCCAUAAAAUGUAUACAUUAUCAAGAAAAUGCCAGUCUUUGCCUCUUUGUUUUAACUCGAUUGAAAUGCCAGGGCCAAACAGUGAGGAAAAGCUGAGCAACUGUACUUCUAGAUAAAAGUUGGUAUCGAUGUAUAAACUCAUUGUGUGAUCUGUGAUGUUGGAAGCAUUUUAACACAAAACAAUCUUGAUAUCUGUAAUUAGUUUCUGGAUCCUGUUGGAUAAAUUUGUAUUGUGAUGUCUUUUUGACCUUAAUAAAGUUAUUGCAUACAAUGAUGGCUGGAUAAUGUAUGCAUUAUCAAGAAAAUGCCAACCUUUGCCUCUUUGUUUUAACUCAAUUGAAACACCAGGACCCAAAAAUAAGGGAAAGCUGAGCAUCUGUACUUCUAGAUAAAAGUUGAUAUCAAUGUAUAAACUCAUUGUGUGAUCUGUGAUGUUGGAAGCAUUUUAACACAAAACAGUCUUGAUACCUGUAACCAGUUUCUGGGUUCUGUUGGAUAAAUCUGUAUUGUGAUUUUUUUUA